ACCAUCACCACUUCACCACGACCCCAGACUUGUUGCCUUGUGCGCCAGUGGACACGAACGCUGCGUACGGCAGGACGGCCACUCGCAUCCACUCAUCCUUUCUUCUCUUCUCUUCUCUCUAGCGUACUCUCUCCACGCACGGGCGGCACGGCACCUCGCCUCCCUUCAUCCUCUCUCUCCCUCGGUCCCUCCACUCCAGCUUCGGGGCAGCCUUCACCCAUGCCGUUGCACCUCUGCUGCGCCGCCGGUGCCGCGGCGACCACCGUCGCCGCACUGCCCUCCUGGUACGUCGGCUCCGUCCAGGGUAGGCUCCCCCGAGCUCCGGCAACUAGCGGCCGUAGCAGCCUGCUCCUCCGCUGCUCCGCGUCGGGUGGUGAUGGCGCUGGCGGCCCCGACCCGGCCCUCGAGGAGCAGACGCAGCAGAAGCGCCGGGCCGAGCUCCCCGCUCGCGUUUCCUCCGGCGAGUUCACCGCCCAAGGCCCCGGAUGGCUGGCCAAGCUGGGCCCACCGGGGGCGCUCGCGGCUGGGCUGCUCAAGGUAGCAGGCGUCGGCGCGGCGCGCAGGGGUCCGGAGCUGCCGCAGGUGGUGGGGUCGCUGGCGGCCGUGGACGCCAUCUUCCUGCCGCUCUACGACCACUUCCUCACCCACGGUGGCGUCUUUCGCCUCAACCUCGGGCCCAAGUCUUUCGUCAUUGUCUCGGAUCCAGAUAUAGCUAAGCAUAUCCUGAGGGACAACUCCAAGGCUUAUUCCAAGGGUAUUCUUGCGGAAAUACUGGAGUUUGUGAUGGGUACGGGUCUGAUCCCAGCUGACGGGGAGGUUUGGCGUGUUCGACGGCGUGCCAUUGUACCAUCAUUGCAUCAGAAGUUUGUGACCGAGAUGAUAGGUCUCUUUGGGAAAGCUUCAGACCGGCUAUGUCAUAAGUUGGACAAGGCGGCAUUGGACGGGGAAGAUGUGGAGAUGGAAUCUUUGUUCUCUCGACUAACAUUGGAUGUCAUUGGGAAGGCAGUAUUCAAUUAUGAUUUCGAUUCGUUAUCUUACGAUAAUGGAAUGGUUGAGGCUGUGUAUGUAACACUGCGAGAAGCAGAAAUGCGGAGUACUGCUCCUAUACCAACUUGGAAAAUACCCAUAUGGAAAGACAUCUCCCCUCGGCAGAGAACGGUUAAUGAAGCUCUUGUGCUGAUAAAUAAUGUUCUUGAUGAACUAAUUUCAACAUGCAAGAGGAUGGUAGAUGAAGAAGAUCUGCAGUUUCAUGAGGAAUACAUGAAUGAGCAAGAUCCUAGUAUUCUCCGCUUUCUAUUGGCAUCCGGAGAUGAUGUGUCCAGCAAGCAGCUCCGUGAUGAUCUCAUGACAAUGCUCAUAGCUGGCCAUGAGACCUCUGCAGCCGUCUUGACAUGGACAUUUUAUCUUCUAUCUAAGUAUCCAAAAGUAAUGUCCAAGCUGCAAGCUGAGGUUGAUGAUGUUCUAGGAGAUGGUUUGCCAACAAUUGAGGAUGUAAAGAAACUAAAGUAUACUACUCGAGUUAUUAAUGAAUCUUUGAGACUAUAUCCACAACCGCCAGUUUUAAUUCGUCGGUCCCUUGAGGAUGAUAUGCUGGGGGAGUACCCAAUUGGCAGGGGAGAAGACAUUUUUAUAUCCGUCUGGAAUCUUCAUCGCUGCCCAAAGCACUGGGAUGAAGCAGAUGUUUUCAAUCCAGAAAGGUGGCCUUUGGAUGGACCAAAUCCAAAUGAGACAAAUCAAAAAUUCAGUUACUUACCAUUUGGUGGCGGACCAAGGAAAUGUGUAGGUGAUAUGUUUGCUACUUUUGAGAAUGUGGUGGCAACAGCAAUGCUUGUCAAGCGGUUUGAUUUUCAGAUUGCUCCUGGAGCACCUCCGGUGGAGAUGACAACCGGGGCAACGAUUCAUACAACUAAGGGGUUGAACAUGAUUGUUAGUCGGAGGACAAAGCCACCUGUAGUUCCAACUUAGAGAUGAAAGUCGUAUCCGAUAGAAGGAAGUGCAUGUUCUGCUGCAUCAGUGGUUGUUUCCACUGUUGGUAUUGCUUCUAGAGGAGACCAACAAGCGGAGGUAUCAAUAACUCAAGUGAUACAUAAUGAGUGUGUUGAUCAUCUAUCUUGUACUUCCUCCGUGCCAUAAUAUAAAAACAUUUUUCAAGCUAUUUGCCAACCAUCACUCUAACGGUUGUCAUAGUUUUCGGCUAAAGCGGCACUCGGCGUUUAUGGUCUGCAGAGGUACAUCAUGUGACAUCCCAAGUUAUAUCAUUGGUAAUAAUCCAUCCAUCCAUGCUCGCCUGAGGAAAAGACCAGGACGGUCUGUGUCAGUGCCUGUUGGCUCGACGCAUUUAUAGUGAAGUUCGCUGAGAUCGACGAAGCCAACCAGUCAAAUUAGAUUCAGAUUCAAGUAGCGUGUCGUCUAUCAAUAGAUGGAGGAAAUGGCCUAAAGUCAUAUCUCCCCUUGUGAGGGUAACAACCAACCGAGCUGUGAAACUGAGCAGGAAGCCCACGUGUUUAUCGGCAUAUGACAUGGUGUAAGGUCCUAUGUGUCGUGUGAAGCGCGCAGGCAAGCUGCAGACAAUAGAAACAUUUGGAUCGUUGCGACCGGCCUUUGCAAUUAUACACCUUGCAAUUUAAAGAGAGUUCACUCGCGCAUGUUCCUCUCA